GUAUUGAUUUUAAAGUAAAAUAUUUAAAAAUCGAUAAUAAAACAAUAAAAGUAGGAAUAUGGGAUACGGCAGGUCAAGAAAGAUUUCGAACUUUGACUUCUGCGUAUUAUAGAAAUGCUCACGCAAUUAUUCUUGUAUACGAUUGUACCGUUAGAGAAUCCUUUGAAAACCUAGACGUUUGGAUUAACGAGAUAGAUAAAUAUUCUACAAAUAAAAACGCCAUAAAAAUGCUUGUUGCCAAUAAAAUUGAUAAACCUAAUCAUGAAGUUACGAAAGAUGAAGGAAAAAAUUUCGCUUUCGAAAAUAAUAUGCUCUUUUGUGAAACCAGUGCAAAAAAUGAUAUUAAUAUAACUUACUGUUUUGAAGAAUUAAUACAACAAAUUUUAAAUAAUCCAUCUUUGUUAGAGUUAAGUAUUGUAACUAAAAAUUUAAAACUUGGAAAGAAAGAGGAAAACCGAUCCAACUGCGCUUGUUAA